UGCUCUCAACUUUCCCCUCCUAUAAAUAGUUAAAAACACCAAAAAGUCGUCCUCAAAAACUCUCCCUCUCUCCUACCAAAAACAAACAAUUUCGUGGACUUCCCUUAAUUUCCUUUCAAACUACAUCUCCAAUAAAAUAGAAACAUAUACUAAAAUUUAACUAACCCAUUGUUGUUAUUUGCUUCAAAUUUGGUACAAAAAUAGCUAACUAACUUUUCAUCAUCCCCAAAAAUUCGCCAACAUAAACAGUCUCUCUCGUCUCAUAUUACCCAUUUCCCCAAAUUGCUGCAGAAUUUUAGAAAUAACAGAAAUAAUAUUCCGAUAUUCACUCUAUACUAUUACAUCCCAACCUCACAAAGAUUCUUACCAAUUUUUUUUUUACCUUAAUGUACUAAAUUUGGAAGUUUUUCUAGUUAAUAUUUUAGAUUUAAUCAAAUUAGUUGUUUCUUUUUUCUUUCCUCUCUUCUGUUACUUAUUCCCAAAUUUCUGUCUUUUUUACUGUUUUUUCUUGCAAAGUUUUCUCCUUUUCUUUUUCUUUCCUUCAAAGCUGAAUGCAUGCCUCCUCCCAUUUACAUUUCCAGGAAUCGAAAUCGGAAUAAUAUCUCUAGGUGAUUGUGUUGCUUCUUAAUUGUGAAAAGAUCUUAUUUGUCCAGCGAGCAUAAUUGAAGUUCUUAAGUUCUGCCCAAGAAAGAGAAAGAGAGUGAUAGGCCAAGCUGCAACUUUCACAAUUGACACAAUUCAUAUAAGGGAUUUGCUCUGAAGUCUAAGUGGACAAUCUGAUGAUGCUAGUCAUCAGGAACUGAACCCAGUGAUUUCAAUCAAGGGAGAAUCACAAUCAAAAUUUUCAUUUGCAAGCAUUAAGUCAUGGAAGAACAAGGGGGUGGCAAUGUGAGCGGAAUUAGACAAAUCGGAAGGCUGACGGGAUAUUUUCACAUAUGGCAAAAUGCAGCUAUCAAUUCAAGAAUGCUCAACCACCAUGAUCAGCCUCCCCCUGGAGGAAUCCCACCUGAAGUAAAUAGGCGAUUGCAGAACUCGGCCGUUGCUGGUGAUUCAGAUGAAGAAGGGUGUGCUAGCCCCGAGCCACCUCCUGAUGUUCCCAAGGGAUUCUUGGCAGUUUAUGUAGGGCCAGAGCUUCGAAGGUUCCUCAUUCGUACUGACUACCUUAGCCACCAUCUAUUCAAGGUACUCCUUGAGAAAACUGAGGAAGAGUUUGGGUUUGAUCAUGCUGGUGGCCUUACCAUUCCUUGUGAGAUUGAGACCUUCAAGUAUCUCCUCAAUUGCAUUAAAAAAGAAAAUUCGGACAAGGAAGGAAGUUCAUCUAAUACAGUGGGAGAAUCUGCAUAAUGAAGACUAAAGAAUCAAUGCAUGACGAUAGUUCGAAGCCUUUGGCCUAUAGUUAUCCCUAGUGUGAAUGAAGGUUUCUUUUGUAAGCAUCAUUUUCCUUCUAAUUUUUUUGUUUGUUUUUAGUUGAAGCUUCUGUUUAAGAUAAUCAUCUGGAUCAUCGUUGUUCUUCUCCUUUAUUUUUUGGGAGGUUGAGGGAGGGUGGUGGACUAUUCAGUCAUUUUUCUUGCUUUAGUAUGUUUUGAGAUAAUAAAGAUUCUUCAAAUGUACUUGCCACUUUUUUCUGGGCAUCAAAGCAUAUUUUGAUUACAUUACAGCUUUGGUUGUGUACUGCUUUACUUAAGCAUGAAAAUAGUUAGAAAUAAUGUUUAAGAAGUUGUUUGUAGAUUUAAUCUUAAUUAAUUACUCGAUCGAAAUUUUAAUUAUCUUGAUUUGGAUGAUGGAGCAAAUAUGGGAGUUUUGUACCAAUUCGUGUGUCCAACAAUCUAAAUCAUCUUAGAGGGCGCAAUGAGCAACUUCCUUUAAAGGAAUCAAGUAUAAUAUUACAAUAGUUCAAUAUGCAUGAACGCAAAUUUCUUCAAUUUCAAAUUCAGU